CGCUCGAAUCACCGCUCUCUUCUCUUGUAUUGUCUGUCUCGCCUUUCUAUUGUGAAGCUUCCCAUCGUAAAACGCGAGGCGUUGCUGCUCGUCAUGACUCUCCCCUAAUUCUCCGCGGAAGCCGAGUGACCGAACGGAUACUGUUCUGUUGAAACCAAUGUUUGCUGCAGCCAUUACGGUCUUGGAUGCCUAAUUGGUUAUCGCGAGCAGAGACAAUAAGACGCUAUUUCUGUUAGGUUCAGCAACAUCAGGAUUAUUGUGAGCGUUCCGUGAUUCCGACUCCGUCCCGUCAUUAGUGUCAGUACCCGCCAGUUCCUAGUCUCCGUUGCAGUACGAUCCCGCCCGUGCGAAGGAGCAGUCCUGACCUGAGGAUGAUUGAGAUGGAUGGAUGUACCUGGCCGGCCCGUCAAAUGGAGGCACAGACACAGAUGGACAUGUCACGCCAGCCAAUACUACUGCACCCUAGGCAUCUCGCACGGUUGGGGCACCCUUGGGAUUGCUCAUGAUAGGUCGGCUUCUGUUCCGGAGGCAUAAAUGGGACAAGGCAGGGGAAGAGACGAGACGAGGCGAGACCCCAAAAGCAAGGGACAAGUACUUUGUAACAAGCCUGAGCCAGGAGAGAAAAGAGAGGAGAGGGAGCGCUGAAACGCUAACAAUUGGUAACAUUCCCCGUGUCCCAGGAACCCGGAACGAGAACGACAAUCUGCCUUUUUCCCGACAUCGCAAACUAGGCCCUAUCCUGUCGAGUAACUUUCUCAAUGUCCAGUGUCUACGCAAUCAAUCAAUGAGCCGUGAACGCCAAGGCUUUGAAACUGUAGCCUCGUUCUACCACGGCUAAAGCCAUUGAGGUGCAACUUUGUCCUCAACAAGUACACUAUGUGGCACUUGACUCGUCAAACUCGCGUUGAGGCUUUCAAGUGCCUAUUCAGAAUCCACUUCUGGGCACUCCCGCUUUGCUCGAACCAGAAUGCGAUCAGCAAAUCCCCAGCUUGUGCCGCGUCUAGACUCCCAGACUAGACUUGUCCCUCUGAAGCUAUCCCUAGCUAUUCUUUCACGCCAGUCAUAGCUUGUAUCUUUAGAUCAGAUCAGAUCAGAUGCACAAAUAAAACCUCAACCAACAAGACUGUUGGAGUCCACAGCACGAGGCGUCUGUGUUUACGAGUCCACCGCUUUUCUUAUCCCACUGAACUACCGAUAACUGUUUUUUACAGGCGUAUUCGAGGCUUGCUCGUAUCCCACAAGACAUCACAAUGUCGAAUGGCCUUCUCAUACCGCACCUUGAAUGAGCUACCAUGACUUUUCGCCCGGACUCUGUCCGUAGUCCAAACCCUCCACUUCGGUCCGUGAUGGGGAUCGGAGGCUAACCCACACGACGGCUCCGCGGUUCCACGCAAUCCUCCGGUGACGGAAGUACCUGAGAUACCUGUGGCUCGAAACAGUGACAUCCCAUGAAACCUUCUCUUUUUCUUCGGUCUCCCCAGACUCAUACUUUUUCCAUGCCUCAUCUGACGGCAUAUACCUUAAGUGCGCUUCCGCCGAGAAGGAAGAAACGUCCAGAAGGAAAAUCUGCUUGGGGUUUGCAUACGUAGUACAUUCUCUACAUCUUCUGUCAAAGUCAAAAGGUGCGGCUACAUUCCAACCCUUCUCUUCCGCGCAACUUCUACCCCGAAGAGGAAUCGCCUCUCGGGCAACUCGUAAAUCCCCCAGUCCGAGGGCGACAGCUGCGGCAGCGGGUAGAUGAGGCUCCUAGCCAAGAUUAAGCAGCCGUCAAAGCUGUCAUGGAACUCAGCAGUGAGGCUUGUGCAUUAGGCUUUGAGUGUGACGUCUAUUCAGAGAUGUUUUUCGGUCACUGGAUGAGGGAGUGUAAGGAUUGUGGCUGAAGUCUCUUUCUCCCUGGACAAACUCUCACUCAAGAUCAGUAAACAAAAUACAUCGAGGGUCUGCUCGUGGAAUGAAAUCAGAUGUCUCAUGGUCUUGGCGAUCAGAACAAUGCCGACCAAAAGGCAAUCGACUCUAUUGUCAUCUCUUUUAAGACUGGUCUCGCUCUUUCGAUGUUGUCCCUGAGAGCCGAUUAAGAUCAGACAAAGCUUGGAUGGACUAUGACCAAUAGCACAAAGCAGGCACAGGUCCCUUAAAUGGGCAAUUUCAACGUGAUUGAAUUUUGCAAACUCAAUUUUGCUCAGACUCUAUUCCCAUCUUCAACCUCUGCAGCCUUAACAAGGGGUGUAUCACAUACCCACAGACGUUCAUGGCAUGUUCGGCAUAAACAUUGUUUCUCUUAGCUGUUCAUGCAAGUCAAAGCAGACACCACCAUACCAUCCGUGCGAACCAUCUCUGCCCAAU